AUGGAGGAGAAAUGGUGGAAGGAGGAGAAAUGGUGGAAGGAGGAGAAAUGGUGGAAGGAGGAGAAAUGGUGGAGGGAGGAGAAAUGGUGGAAGGAGGAGAAAUUGUGGAGGGAGGAGAAAUGGUGGAAGGAGGAGAAAUGGGGAGGGAGGAGAAAUGGUGGAAGGAGGAGAAAUGGUGGAAGGAGGAGAAAUAGUGGAAGGAGGAGAAAUGGUGGGUGGAGGAGAAAUGGUGGAAGGAGGAGAAAUGGUGGAAGGAGGAGAAAUGGUGGAAGGAGGAGAAAUGGUGGAAGGAGGAGAAAUGGUGGAAGGAGGAGAAAUAGUGGAAGGAUGAGAAAUGGUGGAAGGAGGAGAAAUGAAAUGGUGGAAGGAGGAGAAAUGGUGGAAGGAGGAGAAAUGGUGGAGGGAGGAGAAAUGGUGGAAGGAGGAGAAAUGGUGGAAGGGGGAGAAAUGGUGGGAGUUUUAGGAGAGAAAUGUGGAGGAGGAGAACCCUGGAUGGGGAAGGAGGAAAUGGUGGAAGGGGGAGAAAUGGUGGAGGGAGGAGAAAUGGUGGAAGGAGGAGAAAUGGUGGAAGGAGGAGAAAUGGUGGAAGGAGGAGAAAUGGUGGAAGGAGGAGAAAUGGUGGAAGGAGGAGAAAUGGUGGAAGGAGGAGAACUGAUACACGCCCAAUAA